ACAGCACACGAGACACCAACCACGAUUAGCAGAGUAGCUUAGCGGAGCCCUAAGUGUCAUUAGCUGACUAAUCACGACGCUGAGUGGCGUAAAACAUCAACAUAUGCACGCACGUGAGCUUGUGAGGGGAGUCGGCGAGCGAGUGAGGAAACAACAAACGAUGAGGCUUGAGCAUGGCGAGCAGGAUUGCCAUGGCGCCCGUGGAUCCAUAAGCUUCGAAGGCGACUCGUCUGGCUAAUAAUCUCUCCGUGCCAGCGAAUUCGCCGUUUUCAACUGGGAUUUUGUGAUAUCUUCGUUGGUCUCGGUGAGGAGGAUUGCGAUGGAUACGAAUUCUGUGUGGGGUUCCUGGGGUUUGGUGGUGGCGUCGAUUGUUACCCUUUUGGUGGUGCGAGCUGUUUGGGUGCUUCAGAUUACUGGGAGGGCGUUACCGGCUCAGUCGGGUGUGAAGCGUCGGCCUCUGCGCACGCUCAUCGUGCUGGGAUCUGGUGGUCAUACAGCGGAGAUGAUGAGCUUGGUUCGAGUGAUGGACUUGAAGCGCUAUGCCCCGCGGCAUUACAUUGCUGGUGCCACUGAUAACAUGAGCCUGCCCAGAGCUGAAAGAGUUGAAGCUGAGCUGCUGAAAAGCGCCCAGUUUUCAGAUCAGGAUACCAAGGCUGCAGAUGAAUGGCUUCAAAGGAGUCAGUACUCUAAGAUUUACCGAAGCCGUGAAGUGGGUCAGUCGUAUGUAACUUCAGUCUUCACGACUUUGUGGGCGUUUGCUCAUUCUGUUGUACAAGUUUUGCGUAUACAGCCGGAUGUUAUUCUAUGUAAUGGGCCCGGGACCUGUUUACCGAUAUGUGUGGCUGGUUUCCUGCUUAAGCUUGUGGGAUGGAGAUGGGUUGUGGUUGUGUACGUGGAGAGCAUUGCGCGGGUGAAGAAGCUAUCGCUUACAGGCUUAUUGCUAUACAAGCUCAGACUUGCAGAUCAGUUUUUCGUGCAGUGGAAAGACUUGAAGACGAAGUACCCUCAAGCCAAUUACGUAGGCCGUCUGAUGUGAUUUAUCCAUGGCACCGGAUCUAAUUAUCUCUGCAUUGUUGAAUGCGUUGGAAGCAUUCAUUUGCAUUUACAGCUAUUCUGGACGGAGCGCGUAAUGUAUAGAGUCUCCUAUAUCGGAGUUUUGUGAUAUCUGUACUCUUUUCAGAAGAGGAAUCGUAGUAUUGCAGGUAUCGUGUGCCAAUUCAUUUCAAAGCUUAGUUACAUUCCUGGUAUCGUGUAGUUACAACAAUGCGGAGGAUUCAGAACUUCGAAAUACAUAGGGAUUAUUUACUUUUAUCAGCUCAAUUUGUGAUGUUAAGGUUGGGCCAUACUUUUGUAUCCUUUUAGCAAUUCCUAGACGAUCAUCACAGACUUUGUUCGGCUGGUGUGACUGAAACUGGCAGCAGCUAGUAACUGAAUGAAAGAAAAGACAAUGUGAUGCCAAGUUUUAGGGUUUAGGGUUUAGGAAUUACAGGGUUUGCAAAUGACUCUGAAAAGCCCACUAGUUCACAAAAGAAACAAAAGAAUGUAGACAUCACACACAUCAAAGUAUUCCAAAAUGACUUAGGUGAUGGUUGGUUUGAAACA